AUGGAGGGACUGGUGAAGGGAAAUAGUAGGGAAGAAGAGUUUAACGAUGGCCAUACCAUAUUGAAUAAACUAGUGAAGCGCUGCUUACUUGAAGCAACUGUUGAUGACUUUGGAGAUGAAUCAGUAAGGAUGCAUGAUCUACUCAGAGAAACGGCAUUGCGGAUUACAAAUGAUAAGCCAAGGUACCUGGUAAGGUCUGGAAUAGGAACACAAGUGUUGGAGGAGCAGGAUUGGGUGUUCAAUUUGGAUAGAGUCUCUUUUUACCAAAGCAAGAUAAAGAGAAUCCCUGAAGACAUGGCACCCAAUUGUCCCACAUUAUCAACCUUGAUCUUGUCCAAUUGUGAUUCAACAAUGAUCCCGGGUCCUUUCUUUCAGUACAUGAACAAGCUCCAAGUAGUCGACUUGAGCUACAACUCUGAGCUUAUGGAUUUGCCGAGUUCCAUUUCUAACUUGGAAAGUCUUAGAGCACUCUCACUUCGAGGAUGUAGUCGGCUCAAAUCUGUGCCACCACUGGGAAAGCUCAAAAAUCUGAGGGUGUUAGAUGUAUUUGACACUGGUAUUAAGGAAGUACCUCAAGGCAUGGAAAACUUAGUCAAGCUUAAAUUUGUAGAUACGAGUGGAACAGAUCUUGAUGAACUGCCGAAGGAGAUAUUACCUAAACUUUCCCAUCUUCAAUACCUCAAUCUUCCAAUACAUGUAAAUGUCCCAGAUGAAGACUUGGCCAGCUUGGAACUGCUCGAAGAAUUCGGAGGCAGGUUCUGAGAUUUGCUUAACUUUCACAUGUUCAUGAGUAGUCACCAUAUCUCUGAGAAAGAUUGGUGGUAUGACAUAUUUGUGGGGCAAGUAGAUUUUCUUCCUGAUGAUGUGGGAGAGCGCAUACGGAAACAGAGAAGAGUGAUUGUAGAAGAUCGCACCAUUGAAGCAGGUGGAGGAGAAGCAGCAACAUCAUUUUUUCUUCCACGUAGCAUUGACUUUCUAGAGAUUAGGUAUUGCCGUGGGCUGGGCGUAGCUUCUUUGUGGACAAUUUUCUGUCACGGACUACUUCUUUAAGAGGCUUGACCUGCAGCAUCUGUGGUUGUGAUGAAAUAGAAUGGAUCGUCAACGUGCCCUCAGGUAGAGACACAACUACAGAGCCACACUGCAUAUCUUUCCAUAGUCUGAAAGUUGAAUGGUUGCCCAAUCUUGUUGGGCUCUGUAAUGGAAAGAUUGCAUCAUAUAUAUGCUAUUUUUUAUUUCAAUUUAUAUAACAUGGAUAAAAUUU